AUGUGCGGCAAAAUUGCAAACAAAGGAUUCUGGGCAGAGCUUCUUGGAGUGGGGGACUUUUAUUAUGAAUUGGGAAUACAGAUCAUUGAUCUGUGUCUGAGCAAAAGAGAUAGAAACGGAGGCUUAGUAGAGCUCGGAGAAUUGAAAAGAAAUCUAGAGAGAAUCAGAGGCAGUGUGGGACAAGAGAUAAGUGAAGACGACAUCGUGCGUUCCAUAAAAACGCUCAAACCGCUGGGAGGUGGAUUCGAGGUUAUCCAAAUCGGCGAACGUAAAAUGGUCCGGUCGGUUCCACACGAAUUCAGUACUGAUCAGGCAACCCUCUUGGAAUUAGCGCAAACACAGAGUUUCAUCACCAAAGAAAUGGUCAUUAUUGAAAAAGGAUGGUCGAAAGAAAGAGCCGACGAUGCUAUUGAUAAGCUUCUUAGUGAAGGUUUAUGUUGGGUCGACUACCAGUCUGAAACCGCCGAAUACUGGAUACCAAGCUUUUUCGCCGGCUUGAAUGAUUAA